CUGGCUCCAGUUACAGCCCUAUAAAGGGGCCAGGGCGAGCCGUGCCAGGUGCUGGGCAGCCCCGCGGCCAUGGGGAGCGGUGCCUUCGCCCUGGCCCUGUUCCUGGCCCUGGUGGUGUGCAUCAGCCCCACGGAGAGGAAGUGCCAGCUCAGCGGGCUGUGGAGGAACGAGCAGGACUCGCUGAUGGAGAUUUCGGCACUGACUGACGACGGGGGCUUCCAGGGCGAGUUCCUCACCCGGGUGACCCUCUCUGGUGGCUGUCCCCGCGUCUCCCUGCUGAAGGGAGCCCAGCAGCAGCCCAGCGAGGUGGCAUCACCCACCUUCGCCUUCACCGUGCGGUGGGACAUGUUCUCCAAUGCUACCACCACCUUCGCCGGGCAGUGCUUUGUGGAGGCGAGCGGGAGGGAGGUGCUGAGCACCACGUGGCUGCUGCGCGAAGCCGUCGGGUCCCUGGAGGAGGACUGGAAAGCCACCAGGGUGGGCAGAAACAUCUUCACGCGCAAACGUGCCCCAGGAGGGAAGAUCCUGCACAGCUUGUCCUCAUCCUGCGAGGAUGUGGCUUCACCCACCCCUUGAAGGUGUGCUACGGCUGCAGCUGUCCCCCCAGCAAAGCAGGGGCUCUCGGGGUGACCCCCUCUGCCCCGUGGCCAUGGCAAAGCUUGCACCCCACAGGUUCUGCAUGCCACAACAUAACCCAGCCUCUAACAUUAAAAA